AUCUGAGCUCAUUCACUCCCGUUUUCUGUCAGUAAUCAUGCUCCCAGAUCGUCCACCCAACAAAGUAACUGAUUACGAAGCAGCAACUUCCUUUCUCGGACAAUGGGGACCUUUCCAGCAGCGGGUCUUUUUCCUUCUCUGCCUAUGUGUGGUUCCCAAUGGACUCAUUACCUUCUCUAUCGUUUUUGUGGCCGACACGCCAGCCCACCGCUGCCUGGUGCCUGCACAUCUGAACCUUAGUGCUGCAUGGAGAAACAGCAGCAUCCCGCUGGAGGAAGACCCAAGCCUCAGUGGUGCUUUGGUGCCCAGCAAGUGCUCCAGAUACAAACUGGAGGAUAUACUGAGUCACUCAGAGACAGGCCUUCUACCUGGAGUGGAUGUUAAUCUUUCUAAUGUGCCGAAAGAAGGCUGCUUGGAUGGAUGGGAGUUUGACCAAAGCGUUUAUACAUCUACUAUUGUGACUGAGUGGAACCUGGUGUGUGAUGAAGGCUGGAAGAAGCCAUUUACUUCUUCAGCGUUUUUCGGUGGUCUUCUUACAGGAUCCUUCUUUUCGGGACAGCUCUCUGACAGGUUCGGGAGAAAAACAAUAAUGUUUGCCACCACAGCAUUGCAAGUUGUUACAACACUGAUUCAGAUAUUCUCUUCAAGCUGGAUCAUGUUUGUCAUCUUAUAUUUUUUUCUCGGAUUAGAAAUAAUUUCCAACUAUCUGGUUGCAUUUGUUCUAGGAGCUGAACUUUUAGGUCCACGGGUCAGAACAUUAUUUUCCACUGCUGGAGUGUGUCUGUUCUUUGCUUUGGGCUACAUGCUCAUACCCCUGCUGGCAUUCUUGUUGAGGGGCUGGAGGUCACUUCAAGUCAUUUUUAUGUUGACGGGCUGCAUUCGUUUGCCUCUCUUUUGGUUUAUUACAGAGUCCCCUCGAUGGCUUCUUUCGCGGGGUAAAAUAGAAGAAGCCGAACUCAUAAUUCGAAAAGCUGCCAAGAUAAAUAAGAUUGAACCACCAGCCGUCAUCUUUGGACCUCUAAUGAAUGUAGCAAAGACUGGAGAGGCAAAGACCCACAACAUUUGUGACCUUCUUCAUUCUCCAAACAUCCGAUGGCUUUCUCUCACAAUGUGGUUCAUCUGGAACACCAUCAACAUCUCCUACUAUGCUCUUUCCCUGAACACGACGAACCUCCAUGGAAAUCCUUUCUUAAACUGUUUCCUGUCCGCUGUGGUAGAGAUUCCAGCCUACUGUUUGUCGUGGGUUAUGUUUCGCUGGUGUUCCCGGCGGCUCAGUCUUUCCUUGUCGCUUUUUACAGGGGGAUUGUUCAUAUUGAUCAUACAACUAAUACCAACACACUUGGCAGUCCUCUCCAUAACAUUUGAGAUGAUGGGAAAAUUUGCAGUGACAACCGCAUUUGCUGUUGUUUAUGCUUACACAGCAGAGCUGUACCCAACUGUGCUGAGGAACACAGCUGUUGGCGCCUGCUCAACAGCCUCCAGAAUAGGCAGCAUUAUAGCUCCGUACUUUAUAUACUUACGAACAUAUUCUGUUUCCCUGCCUUACAUCCUUAUGGGAAGUCUUACAGCUUUGACAGGACUUCUUAGUCUCCUUCUCCCUGAGAGCUUUGGAAUGCCUCUGCCAGACACCAUUGACCACAUGCAAAGCUUUCCCGGGUGCUGUCAGAAAAAACCUUUCAACCUCAGCAACAACAAAGAAGAGAAAAAUGCUGAUGAGCAAAAGUCCCUGUCCGGACCAAGCUUCACCCAAAACUAACAACAUUAUAUCAGAGUUUAAAUUCUAGGAACAUUUCUAUAGAACAGAAACUUCAAAGAGGCAAAAUAAUCCCUAAAUAAGUGAAACUGUUUUCACUUCUGCUUUUUAAA